CAAAGCGCUCAUCAUUUUAUUGCUUGUUCAAUUUACUACACUGUCAGGUGUCUUUAUUUUUAAAAAUUACUUUUCGGAAUCCAAGUGUGAUGUAACUUUUUUAAUUCAAGCAAAUCCAAGGGCUGAUAUGGAAAAGAAUAGUUUCUUUUUAUUAGAAAAAACCAUGACAAGUAUUGCUAAUAUGAAACAUCGUUUAUUUAAUCCUUGUAUUUCGAUAUUCAGUACAAAAGGAUCAGCCUAUGAUGAAGAUAUCGAUGAAAUAUUGGAAAAGUUUCCAUCCUCUAUUCGAAUCAACGUUAUUCACAGAGAGGGUCAUGGAGACCAUAAUUUUAAAAAUAGUGAUAUGGGAAAGUCUGAGAAACACAUUGCCAAUGAAUUUUUCGAUAUGAUCAAAACCUUUCACGACCGUGUUAAAAUAACCGAUGAUAUUCCAAUUAUUUUAAUGGAUGAUAAUUUUGUAUUUUGUGAACACGCAUUCAUUCAUCUCCUCUCAAUUUUUAAUAGGAUUAACUCAUUGGAGAGUGAUGGAUUGGAUUGGGCAGGGUUUCGUUUCUCACAUGGAAUUGUUGGUACAAUGGUUCAAAGGAGAGAUCUUGCAGGUCUCAUUCAAUAUAUGCAAAGAGAAGCUGAAGGUACUGGUUCAAUUGAUGCCCUUUUGGAUCGUUUCUUUCAAAAGAUUAACCCAUUUGGAAAAGUACAAUUUCACAAGAGAAUUUUCUAUACCUAUAGGUAUCAAUUAUUGAAGUCUUCAGAAUCUAUGAAUACUGCAAACCCUCAAUGUUUUGAAAGUUUAACUCAUACCUAUCAUGCUUUCCAAAAUGAAAAAUGUUCCAAUUCUCUCUUCUUCCCAUGUAAUUCAACCAUUUCCACUAGUCAGACAAAUAGAAUCAAUAGCAAUCAGUUAAAUAAUUUGAGAAUGAAGGAAGAAUUUGAGCAUGAUACUCUUUUAAUGCCAUCUAUUCCACCUUCUGCUGAUUAUUCUCUUUCAGAAUUGAGACGAGUAAGAUCCACUCUAACAGAACCUAGUGAAAGCUGUCAAUCAGCAUGCAAGAAAAUUGGAGCUGAUUGUGAUGCCAGAUUUUUUACAUUUAUCAAUAGGUGUGAAGAAAUUAGACAAUUCUACCCAGAUUGUAAAUGCACAACAGAAUUCUCAACUAUGAACGCUCCAUUCUUCUUAAAGAGUGAAGGUAAGGAACUUUGUGUUCUAGGUACAAAUCCUUCCAGAUUUAAAUGUGAAAGUCAGACUACAGCAGGUAUUAGAGUUUGUCCUUGUUUUAGGCAUACAACCACAAAAUAAACCCAUUUCUCAUGC